GGACAGUAUUUCAAAUUGUAGCAGAGGUCUGAUAAGUGGAUUGGACACUGCUGUAUUUAAAGUUCAAGUUAACUACACUAUGGAUCCGAAUGUGACUUUAUUUUAUUUUCAAAUAAAGAUCAAAUCUGACCAUAAAUUUAUCACUGUAAGUAAAAAAUAAAAAUAUAUUUUUUAUCUUUAGUUAGUCUGUGUGCAUAGGUUUAAAAAAAAUGAAUGGAAUAACUGAACUAUAAAUAACUUGAAAAAUCAUGUAUUUAUUUAUGUUUUUUAAACUUCUAAAACGGGGACAUCUUAAAAUACUUGAUGUAUAUGCUAAAUGUUUUUGUAAAACAAAAAAGGAAAGAAAAUGCGAGGUAUUGUUUUUUUUAAUAAUUUUUGUCGUUUUAUAUAUAUAUAUAUAUUUUUUUAAAAAGUGUUUUCGUUUCAAAUUUAUAGAUGUUUAUUUUAUUUAUUGUCGUUUCAUAUUUAUUUACUUUUUUUGUCGUUUCCUAUUUAAAAUUGUUAUUAUUUCUUCUUCUUCUUCUUCUUCUUCUAUAUCUUAAGGGCUCACGAUCAAUUUAUUGAUCAUUUUGGCUCCUAUGCAUGUAGAUGGGAUUUGCAAUGUUUCUGUUACUGGUGGUGAUGAGGAAAUUAUGCACUAGGGGUUUGAAGGCUUGAGGCAAUAGACACAAAUGUGUCUAGUGUUGUCGCCUCAACUGUUCCUUUUGAAAGAUGGUUCCAGUCCCUGAUUGUCUUGGGCAGGAAUGAGCAGCUCCUAUACUGGCUUCUUGCUGGUAUGAGCCUGAAUUGCCUGUCAUGGCCUCGUCGCUGUCUAUGGGGGAGAGGGACGAGUUUCUGUUUAAUACUGGAACAGUGGACCAGCCCAUUAUUUAUCUUGUACAUCAUGGAGAGCCUGGAUUGUCGUCGUCGUUUCUCCAAUGGUGACCAGCCUAGUGUUUCUAGCAUGCUGCCAACACUAAAGGUAUUCCUGUAGCGGCUUAGGACAAAACGUGCUGCUCGUCGCUGGACCGCCUCCAACCUGUCAAUGCUCUUCUGGGUAAAUGGGUCCCAGACUGAAGAUGCAUAAUCUAAAAUCGGACGGAUAAAGGCUUUAUAUGCUCUUUCUUUCACACAGGAGUUGCCAAUCUUUAGAUUUCGCUUUAAGAACCCCAAGGCUUGGUUUGCUUGGUUACAUACAUUGUUGAUAUGCUCGUCCCAGCGGACCUCUCUUUGAAUUUGAUUUAUAAACUUGUUAAACACAUUACACUUUCCUUUAAAAUAAAUAUUUUAAUCAGAUGAUCUGAAAAUGUGUUAAUAAAUGUUGAUUUGUCGUAAGAGGAAAGAUGCAUUGUAAAGAAUAAAAAUAUUUAGGAAGUUCUUAGCACUAAUUGGAGAUUUAUAUCUAAGUGUGAAGCAGCAAUCCAAUUACGCUCUUUUUAAAUGUAUACAAAAAUAUAUUUUUUAACGAUCCUGAAUCUAGUUAUAGCAUAUUUCUUUAAUUAUUCUUUUAAAAUGGCUACACCAAAUGUAUCAUUUGUUUCAGUUAACUGACUUUCCCAUAGACUGUCAGGGUUAUAAGUCCGAUGAAUGCGUUCACAUAGAGAAAUAUUGUGUUAACUUCAAAAUUAAAUUGUUGGCAUCAAAAGAAUACAGUGGAGCAAAGAUACGCGCAGUCUUGAUGACAUCACAUUUUGAAGAGAUAACUAGUUAUGAACAAGUUUUCCCUGAAAUUGCAAGUAAAUGAAUGCAUUUUCAGCUUAUUUUUAUUUACUUAAAGCAAUUAUAAAAGUUCAAAUAAAAUCCCAACCUUGCUUUUAUCUUUUUUUUUUCCUUCACAGUUAUUUAUCGUAAAAAAUAAUUAUUUAUCUAUUAAAAUUUGUAAUUUUGAAUGAUCGUUGAAGUGUUAGCGUCGUAUUAAUGUAUAUAAAUUUAUAUAAAUACACAUACAGAAAUAGAGAGGGUGAGAGAGGGACGAUAGAGAAACAGAGAAAAAGAGAGAGAUUAAAAAUAUGAGAGGCAGGGGGAGAAGACUUGUUGUUUAGACAAAUGUACGGACUGACUAAUGGAGGGCUAGAUACGUGCAUGGAAGGGUAGACAUGCGAUUGAUAGGUAAUUUAUGAAAAUAUUUAUUGUUACAGGUUCCAAAGAAUCAAGGGGCAUAAUGAUUGUCAACAGUCAAAUAGCUUCAAGUAAAUUUCAAGACUUUAAAGUAGGAUCAGAAUUAAACAUAGUUUAUGUUUGUCAAAGUCUCAUCUUACCGUGUUUGAUAGAGCUUAAUGUAAGCUGUGGAGAUAGAGUUACGAGUGGAUCGGACAUUGUUGUUUACAAAGGAACACUUAACAAUACAAAUGAAAUAGAUGUGUCCAUAAAACAUGGAGUCUGUAGUUUUUAUGGUGGAUUUAACCCUGAGUCUUAUAGGAUAAAAAGUGGUAAGAGGCUGCUUUUUCCCUUAAAUACUGUUAUUAUGUUAAAUAAAAUUAACAUUUCUAAAAUUUAGUAAAUAUUAUUAUUAGUUAAAAUAGGUACUAUUCAAUACACGAUGUAUUGAUUUAUCGUAAGCAUUCAAUCUGAACCGUCCCGUGACUUUAGGAGUUCCUCUGCUACUUUUUGUUUAUAAAAAAAAAACUUUUUUUCUACUCUCAUUUUCAUAUUGUAUGUACCUUUUAGCAUAUGUUUGUUGACACCCGAGACACUCCAGCUCGGUUCGAUGUGUGCUUUGUGCAUCCCUAAAAGGGCGCCUGAGUCGUGGAAACAGUGUGGCAGCUCCGUCAUAGCUGGGUUUAGAGAGGGUGUUUGGCUGAUUAGUGAUGGGGAAAACGUAUCGAAAAACACCUUUACCUCUUCAUUUUUAAUUACAAUCAUUUCUAAAGAUUGGAUUUUAAUCUGGGGAAGAUGCUGGGGCAGGCGAAAAUAAGAAAUAUCCUUUUUUUUAGCUGUUUUUAAAAGAGCGUAAGUCUUUGUAAAGAGCAAAGCUUCUAAACCUUACAAUUCGUCAAGCAUUCGUAUUUAAAAUAAAAGGAACCUUUUUGGUUAAUAAUUUUCAUUUAUACAUUGUUUUUUUAAAAAAAAGAUGUCACAAUUUAUUUUUAAAUGAACAAUAAAUUAUAGAAGACUUUCUGUCAAGAAUUAUUUUAAUUGCAUAAAGUAAAUUUUGUUUUUAAAUUCUUACUAUUUAGUAAGCAAAUAAUGUAUGUAUAAAAAAUAAUAUGUUCAAAAAUUUGAAUAACAAAACAUUUACAUUUCUUGUACAUUUAAUUGCCCUCAAUUUCUUUGUGAAAAGAUAUAGAUUUUUUUAUUUGACUUGUAUACAUUUAAGUCUAAUUCUGAUAUACUUAUAUAGAAAUAUUUUGUUUUGAAAAUUAAAAUUUAAAAAAAAUGUUUUAAAAGGUCAAAUUAAAUCCAAAAAUCAUUUUCAGAAACUAAGGCGAUCAAUGAUCAAGCUGGUGGACUUUGUAUUGAUAUCAAAAUAGCUGUCACAGUAGUAGCAGUUUUCCUUACUAUAGGACUAUUAACAAUAUGCUGGUAA